CCCACCAACUUUAAUCUGCAGGUUCUUUCAUGAGUUUCCAUAAUGUGGUUCUCAAGACCUCAGAGGUAUCAAGCUCUCGACGAAGAAGAGAAACCACUCCAACAAGACAACUCAUCUUCAGACUCUCUUCCAACCCCACGUCGAGUAUCUUUCCAAGAUGACUUUCUCCCGAGAAGAUACUGGCGAUAUCUCAUCUGUCUCUCGAUCAUUAACUUCCUCAUCCUCGUAACCUCCUGUGUUCUCCUCCUAAGCUGGUUCAUCAACGCUCCUCAUGGCCGAAAUGCGCUCCUCAAAGCAACUGACUCAUUUAUAGCCCCCGUCCUCGACAAACUCACCAUCUCCACCUCCGUAAAAAUGAUGAACGCAACCCUCUACCCAGGCCCCAACCCCUCCCUCGCCCGCCAAAAACCCAACCCCGAAGUCGAUGCCUGGUGGGACGAACUGGAACUCCUGCGCACCAUCCCCAUCACCAAAGCCCAAGUCCUAAAGCUCGGCAAGGAUCCCGAGAUUGUCGCCAAAUUCGAUGAUGAAUAUUGGGGAUUGGGAGACGAUGCUUAUAUGGCGCAGGUUGAUGUUUUUCACCAAAUGCAUUGCCUCAACCAACUCCGGAAAUUGAUUUACCCAACUUACUACAAUUAUACCCAAAACGACAUCCACCACGCGGAGCUCUGGUACGUGCAUCUGAAUCACUGCGUCGACGUAUUGGCGCAGAACCUUAUGUGUACCGGUAACACGGAUCUCUACACCUUGAACUGGAUGGAAACACAAGGGUAUCCGUUUCCGGACUUCAACAUCAACCAUCAAUGUAGGGACUUUGACGCCUUGUUAGAGUGGAGGAAGAAAGAGAGUGUUGACUUAGAUAAAUGGGUUGCGCAGAAAAAACCAGAGGGUGCGAAGCAGGUUGAGCCGAGUGAGGGCAUUAAGCAGCUGUUGAGUGCAGAACAUGAGAAGGCAGGAUGGGGGAGUGAUUGGCAUAGUCAUGGACAUGGCUGAAGAAGAAAUUCUGUAUAUAUUGAUUUUGCUCGUAAUGU